AUGAGCCUGGCCAAGGUGGCCAUUCACAGGUCUAGGUGGCGGGCAGUCGAGGGUUCUGCCCAAGCCGACUACCUGCCCCUCUUCCGGGGUUACGUCUGUGCCCGCGUGUCCCUGGAAAAGGAGCACGCGCUCGCUGUAACACUGUCUUCUGUGGCCUUCUUUAAUCUGUACGAGGACAGUAGUGAGCACCGGGUACUGGGCCUGUUGAAUCCGCAGGAUAACAAGACAGUGGUGGCGGUGUACCUGGGAGACGGCUGGUGCUCGCCGGAUGAAGCUCUGACGACGUCCAGCAGUGGGAGGCAGGAGCCGGUCCAGGUGCAGUCAGUCGGUGAGCGGAUUGUGCUCUACUUAUUAAACCGGGUGAUUUGCGGGAACAGGGAGAGGCCACCUGACAUCCUUCCUUUCCGACAUCAUCCCGUCAAUGAGUUCGCCAAAAUCUUCUGGAAGGACAAAGAGGCGGCUGGAUUUUACACUGUGAAGCUGAAAGGCAGUCUGUGCAGUGGCCACACCAGCCAGUGUUACCAGCUCCCCGUCCUGGACACCGUGUUUGUCCGGGAAAAACACCGACGCUUGGGUCUGGGACUGAAGAUGCUCUCUGACUUCUGCAGCCAGUUCUCCACCAAAGAGGACCUUGGGAUCAGCCGACCCAUCUCACUGGCCAUGUACAGAGUUUGCCGCAGGUACCUGCAGAGUCGGCCCGAAGAGCAGGAUCGCCUGUGGGAAGUGGAGGCCCCAGGGGACUGGAGCCAAAGAGAAAAUGUGUGGUUACUGAUCCAGAUGGGAGGUGUACCCUCAGUCGAUGCCUCAGCCCAUUCUGAAAGCAUCUGAAAGAGUCAAAGGGCAAGGAUGGGAGAGUGGCAGUGUGUUGCAACGAGGUGAAAGCGC